CCGCCUUGAGCAUCGAGCGGCAUCGGCCCAAAAUUUUCCCUCUCUCUUUUCACUCUGGAAGCGCCGUCCCCUUGAUUUGCUGCAUCUAUUUCUCUGAUUGUCUCGAUUUCUACACUCGCUUCGGUAGAUUCAGAGAUUCUCGGUGGAACAUCUAUGGCUUUUCUUUCGUUUGCUGGGAGACUUCUUUUCGCUUCGGUCUUCAUUCUCUCUGCUUGGCAAGAAUUUAAUGAAUUUGGUAUUGAUGGUGGGCCAGCAGCAAAGGCAUUAAGACCCAAAUUCAAUGUUUUCUCAAAACAUGUGAGAUCCCAUACUGGGAUUGAAUUACCGCAAAUUGAAAUGAAGGUUAUAGCUGCUACUGCUAUCGCAUUGAAGAGCAUAGGAGGCCUCCUCUUCAUAUUUGGCAGCUCUCUUGGAGCUUGUCUUUUGCUUCUGCAUCAGGCAGUCCUGACUCCCAUUUUGUAUGAUUUCUACAACUAUGAUGCUGACAACAAAGAAUUUCAUCAACUUUUUACCAAGUUCACUCAGGAAUUGGCGCUGUUGGGAGCAUUGCUCUUUUUCAUAGGCAUGAAGAACUCGACUCCAAGGAGACAACUCAAGAAGAAGCCGGGCAAAACAAAAUCGGCAUGAAGAAGGGGCGUCUGAUAACUGCUCUUUGGAAUUUUGUUGUAUGGUUGAUUUUCUAGAUUUUACGGGAAAGAUAGUCUUGUUAUGGUUGUGUCAGGCAUCAUAUUUUGUAGGGGUUAGCUAAUGAAGAGGGUAUUAUUUGCUUUGAUAAUGUUGCAUCAUCACCCACUGUGCUUGUUACGUUUAUGGGAGUACUCCAUUGUUAAUUGAGUUUACUAGUGUCGUUACUUUCGAGCGACUAUGGUUCUUUGCAUGACAAAUAAGCAAUACAGCUUUCACCUAUGUUUAAAAUACUUCAGCCGAUUUAGCCCAACCUUGUUGGUAGGGUAUUUUGGUCAUUUUCUGUUGACUGAUAUAUCCUUAAACUAGCGUCUUCGCCAUUGGGAAUGGUA